UGGGUUUCAUUUGGUAAAGGAAGGGAAAACUCCAAUUUCUUCACCUCUCUCUUUUUAUUGCACAGUCCAAACUAUAAUUGUCUUCUCAAUUGGUUCAACGAUUUUCUUUCUUCUUAUUUGGGAGCUUGCUUUCCUUUUAGGGUUUACGACGCUCUCAAUUGCAGCUCAGAAUCAGAUCGUUUCAUCAAUUCCCUAAUUUGAGAUAGCCAUCCAUGGAUUGGGGCAACGUUACUGCCGAGGAUCUCAUCGAUGCGCUUCGAGAAGUCGAUUGGUCAUCGCCUCCUCGCCCUAUCUCCGAGUUCUUCUCCAGGUUCACCAUCCCCCGAUCUUCCGCCAAGUGGAACAGCCGUCUCAAGUGCAAUCUCUAUUAUUACCGAACCAACUAUUUCAUUAUGAUCGUUUUCAUUCUUGCCCUGGGUUUUCUACGAAGGCCACUUGCUAUUGUAGCUGCUUUUCUCACAGCACUCAGCAUCGCUUUUCUAAACGACAGUUUUGCAGGCACAUUCAGUGAAAAGGUGACCAGAACUGUUAGACAAUUCUCUCCACACAUGGCUGCAAAGAUGAGACCUCCUCUUACGCCUGUUAUCCGUGGACGUCCAUCAGCUAAAAGAGCAAUAUACAUAUGCGGACGUCCUCGAUGGGUUUUUGUCUUGGUGUUCUCCUCUGUGAGUUUCCUAUUCUGGUUCAUUUCUUGUGGUCUCUUGACCGUACUUUGGUCACUUUCAUUUGGACUUCUCGCAACGUUGCUUCAUGCAAGCUUCAGAACACCUAAUUUGAAAGCACGUUUAAACACAUUUCGUGAGGAAUUCCGUGCUGUUUGGCGCAAUUAUAGUGAACUGUAGUUACCUGGACUUUGUAGAACGCGUCCUCUGUUAAUUAAGGUGUUCAUACUGUAAAUCUGUGCUUCACCUGAUUGCUACGCUGCUGUCUCUAAGAACAAUUUGCUGGGAUGGAAGAAAGUCUCAAGUGACGACUGCCAAAAUAUGCCAGAUUUUGCAACUUAUGUAAAUUGUGGCUCGUGUUUCUGGGGAUGUAAUUGUUUCAUUUGUUAUCUGUAUUGUGAAAAGACUAAGAAUUAGAUACAGUGGAAGAUUUUCAGUGAAGCAGCAGAGUGAAUAUUCUUAGAAUACACAACAUGACCCAUUUUAGUUAUGAAUUUUGUUACUUUCUUAUUUCUUCACUAAAAAGUAAAAGAACAGUUCAUUUCAUGAGCAAAUUAUGGUCGAAUAACUAUAACAUAUGUACCUUUACAUGCAA